GAGUUUCGCCAGAUGAAUUGGCGAGUGGCGACAUCAGAAGCUGAAACCUGCAGCAACCCAAGCCUAAAACUCAGGGUUCAUCUCUCUCUUUUCUCCUUCGUCUGUUCGCUUCUUUUUGUUGCAUAGAUUAGUCUCCUAGUCACUGUAACUGUUUAGUUUCUGACAAGAAAUGAGCAAAGGUUUAGAUAGAGUUCAUACUCAGUUGUAGAAUGCCUCCAAUUGUUUGAUUGAAUUGAUUGCUUGUUUCCAGCGGCAUAUUCCAAUUUCUUUGUUGUGGGUGUUUUCCGUGUUUUACAUAUAUGCACAUGAAUCAACAAAUGGCAUUUUCAUUGCAUUCUAGAAACCCAAGAAUUGUCCAAAGCUUUGCCCGGAACUUUUCACUGUGGUCAAUGAAGAAGGACCCUUCCCUUGAAUCGGCAUUGUCUAGGAAUCGCCGGUGGGUGGUGAACAAUCAACUCAAGAACAUCAUCCUUAGGUGCCCUGGUCAGGUGGCAAAAGUGAGGUUCAUUCAGAACAAGUUCAAGACUCUUGAUCUCCAAGGGAAGGCUCUCAAUUGGCUCAAGAAGUACCCCUGCUGCUUUCAAGUCUAUCUGCAGGGCGACGAGUACUACUGCCACCUCACGAAACGGAUGAUGGCUUUGGUGGAAGCGGAGGAGUCUGUCAAAGAUAUGCAGGAGCCUGUGUUUGUGGAGAGAUUAGCAAAGUUACUGAUGAUGAGCCGCAAUCAGAGACUAAAUGUUGUCAAGCUUAAUGAACUGAAGCGGAAUUUUGGUUUUCCGGAUGACUAUUUGCUUAGACUUGUGCCAAAGUAUCCUGACAUGUUUCGGGUUGUUAAUUAUAGCGGCCGAAGGAGUUCCAUGGAGAUUGAGCUGGUGGAUUGGAAUCCGGAUUUAGUGGUUUCUGCCAUUGAAGCUUCAGCUCAGAAGCAGGGAAGUGAGCCAUGCUUCACUUGCUCAUUGCCUUCAACUUGGGCCAAGUCAUGGGAAAGAUUUCAUGAGUUUAAUGCAACUCCUUAUAUUUCUCCGUACUUGGACACCAAAGGUUUAGUGGAUGGAUCAAAGGAGAUGGAGAAGAGGACUGUCGGCUUGGUGCAUGAGUUGUUGUCAUUGACUCUAUGGAAGAAAGCAUCAAUUAUAAAGCUUGGACAUUUUCAGAGGGAGUUUGUUUUGCCAGAGAGAUUGAAUGCUUUGCUGCUGAAGCACCCUGGCAUAUUUUAUGUAUCAAAUAAGUAUCAGAUAUAUACUGUCCUUCUUAGAGAAGGCUAUAAUGGGCAAGAACUGGUUCAUAAGGAUCCGCUUGUUGUCAUAAAAGAGAAGUUUGGGGAACUUAUGCAAGAUGGGCUUCAUGAAUAUAACCGCAGGCGCCAUUUAGUAAAUCUAGAAAAGAAGAGAAACAAAGGAAUGGUUUUGGGUAGAUCAGAUAAAGGCAAGGAUUUGCCUGACCUUGAUGAGCAGGGAGACAGAGGAAGUUUGUUUGAUCCAGAAGAAAGAAAAAGGUUUUAUAAAGUUCUGUUUGACGAUGGUGCCCCAUGAGAUUUGAUAUUGAUUUUCUCCAAGGUUUGUUCUCUCAGUUUUCACGGUUUCCAAGUUCAAUGUUUUUG